ACAAAUAUUGAGCCAAUUGUCGUGAAUCUUGCGUCGGAUGACGAGGAAGAGAGCAAUGGUGGUGUCUCUCUUGCCAAAGCAGAAUCACUCAACGCGCCUUCUAAUCAGAGCAUUUCGACGCAAAAACCGAUAUCGUUGCCCCCCUUCCCCGAUAUACACAGUUAUCCGGAGGCUUUGCGUCAUUUGCGGGUGCUCGAAGACUUUGCGAUGAUUGAGGAGAACUAUCGUGCCAUCGGCUUGAUUACUCAACUGGAGCAGAUAUUUAAGAAUCCACCCAAAUUGAAGAGUUUAACUCAUUGAAUUGGAAGUGGAAUUUAAACUAAGUUCAGUUAAUUGUUAUACAAAUAUGUAAAUACAAAUAU